AUGUCUGCUGCCCUCAUGUUCGGGUGGGAGCUCUGGGCAUCAGUUGACUUGGUGUUUGGUGGCCUGCCUGAACCCAAGAUUGCUGGGGGAAAAGAACUGGACUACUUUUGUAUGCAGACGUUUGGGUGCCCCGACCUCAACAAACAGAAGUGGGAGGAUUAUGGCGGCGCCCAUGGAGACAUGCUCCGUGUAAGUGGCAGGGACGAGCGCUGGGUGAUGGAGGAACUCCUGCCCAACCUGGAGCGCAGGGGACCCCCAUUCCUGAAGCUUUGCCUGCACAGCCGGGACUUCCAGCUGGGGAAGGAUAUUGUGGAGAAUAUAACUGACAGUCUGUACAGGAGCCGCCGCACCCUCUGCCUGGUCAGCCGCCACUACCUGCGGAGCAACUGGUGCUCCCUGGAGAUGCGGCUUGGCACCUACCGGCUGCAGGUGGAGCACAGGGAUGUGCUGAUCCUGGUGUUCCUGGAGAAGAUCCCUUCUAACCUGCUCUCUGCCCAUCACAGGCUGGCCCGACUCGUCAAGACCAGGACUUACAUAGAGUGGCCUCAAGACCCAGCCCAACAGGGGGCAUUCUGGGAAAGACUCUGGAAAAAACUGUUGCCAGACAGGGGGCAAUGAGUCACCAUGUGCAAUUUUUGUAAUCCUUAUACUAUUUCAAUUCAACCAGAAUGUAGCAGAAAGUAGUGUGCAUAAAGUAAAGAUAUUCACUAUAUUUGCUCAAAUCAUUUAAAAGAUUUAGGAUUGUUUUGCUUGAUUUUUAAGGAAAUGUAAUCUUCAGAUUUGUUUCUUAGCUUGCACUUCAUAACUAUUGUGUAC